GUAGUCAAUUGUUCUACUUCAAUUGACAAACACCAAGUGAUUUCUUAGCAUGUCUCGUUCUCGAUCUCCGACGGGCGAUAUGUACGACGACCCUGACGGCUAUGAGCUGCAAAUUGCCAUUGACCAGCUAGCCGCUGGGUCAUCGGAGGCACUGCGAGUUUAUCUAGCUCGCAAAAACGUCCUCGAUCCAGCCACGGUAUCAAUUAGUACAUCGUCAUUCGAGAAGCGCUCCGAUCCGGCCGUCACGUUUUCAUACGCCGGAAAGCUAGACAACGUCGCGUUCGACGACACGGAGAUACCCUUCGAGUAUGAACCGUUGGAUCCCAAGCUCAAACAGAUCCGCCUUUUGAGACUGGGUGCCGCUGACGAGGAAGGUGUCAUACACGGACUGCAGGUCGAAACCUUUUGUCUGGCCGAUGCUCCCCCUUAUUUCUGUCUCUCGUAUGUCUGGGGAAAUCCCGAGCGACUUCUCGCGGCGAACUGCAAUGGGAAGAUGGUUCCUGUAACGCAGAAUUUGUACCAUGCGUUGCGAACUUGCCUCAACAGACACCCCACCACGUGGUUCUGGGCUGACGGUAUUUGCAUCAACCAAGACAACAUCGUAGAACGAAGUCAACAAGUUUUGCUCGUGGGCAAUAUAUAUAAAGGGGCAAAGCUGGUUCUUGCUCAUCCUGGUCACUAUCAAUAUGAGCGCCGCAAGCCCGAAGACGAAGACAGCACGGAAGAAACCACGUUAGAAGACCGUAUGGGAGGUCUGGGAGUUCAGGACAUGAUGAGCUUCGGUAUGGGAGACUCAGUCAAAGAUGAAGCUUCGGACGAGUCUAAGAAACCAUAUGUGCUGUCAGACUUUACCCUAGAGCCUGUUGAUGAUGCCUACGGCCCCGAAAGCGUCCAAGGUGCCAUCAGUAUCAUGACGUUCAUGACUCGUAUCUGGGAAGACCAACGCCGAGACAUCGUGAUGUCUGACAGGGAAUGGGACAAGGUCGGUCUCCCAGAAACGGAAACGGAAGAGGGCCGGGAGACGUGGAACAAGUUGAUUCAUUUCUGGGUGACCGACUGGUACUUCCGCACAUGGGUCUUGCAGGAGGUUAUUCUGGCACCAAAGGUCGUCGUGCUUUACGGUGAAGCAGCGAUCAGCUUGGAAGCAAUCACAGAUUUCUGGGACCUCGCAAGGCGUCAUGGUUUUCCAAGGCCACUUCGAAUCGGCAUGUACGCUGAAGUUUUCAGUAUGAUUAUGCACCUGAGCCCCUUGGUGAUGCGGGAAAAAGUGGAGGAGGAGACUGCGCGAGGGGAUUCUCCUUUAAAUCUUCUCGAGUUACUUUGUUUGACGAGAAAUAACUUGGCGACGGAUGCGAGAGACAAGAUCUAUGGCCUUCUUGGACUCACUGACGACCCUGUCGCUCAGUCCAUUAUUCCCGACUACUCAUCCAGCAAUACGCCAGAAAAGCUUUAUCACUGUGUGCCGAAUACCUCGUCCAAAAUAUCAGUCUCGGGCUCGGGAGAAGCUCCGAGAAUGACUAUGCGAGGGAUGAUUCUGGAUCGAGUCACUUUCGUGGGGCCAUCGUGGAAAUAUUACAUCCACAACAAAACCGACGAUACGUUCAACAGUUUUGAGAGUGCACCAGAUCUCGAGAUCCCCGCGUUUAACGAUGAAGAUUCUCGGAACUUCAUCCUUACCUUUGCGACUGUGGCGAUUCAAGACGACUUCAAAGAGCGAUAUACCGACGAGGGCCUUGAUGACGCGCUUGUAAGAACCCUGGUGAUGGAUCGAUCAUGGCGAGGCGAAAGAAUCGGGCCAAGAAAAAAGGAAGAGGAGGUAGAAAACGAAGUUUCCAGUCUCGUUACCACCAACAAGAACGGCGAUGAUUCCAAGUCUCCUGUGCCAACAACGAUAUCGAAAGAAUUCUUCGCAGGUGUGGACGCCUUCCGGCGCUUCUAUGCUCAAGGGCCGAACGAAGAGAAUGAUGAGGACGCACCAGGCAUUCGCGUUCAUCAGACGGCAAUAUUCAAAUGGUUGCUCGACUUUGAUGUCGAUGUCGAGGCAGAUCUCCAGAAACGCAUGGUCCCUUUCACCGUCCCUUUCCAAGAGGCUCAACGUGGUCGCCGAUUUGACACGAUCGGCACAAGAGGCCGUGGGCUCUGCCCACAACCUCCUCCUUCCACCUGAAGACGCAGCAAUAAUAGACCAUUAUUGACCCUUCGUUCCAACCGUACGGUUGC